AUGGAAGACUGCAAUGCAAUUUCGACACUUGUUGAACCAGAACUGCAUUUGUCAAAUAACUCAAAUGAAGAUGAUGUCGACCCAACACAGUACAAAAGACUUAUUGGGUCAUUAAGAUACCUUUGUUGCCUAAGGCCUGAUCUAGAAUACAAUGUAUAUAUGGUGAGUAGAUUCAUGCAGAAGCCAAAGGUAUCACAUAUAGCAGUAACGAAGAGGAUACUAAGGUAUCUCAAAGGAACUCUUGACUAUGACAUCAUGUUUCCUGCAUCUGAUGUAGGGAAAAAAUGCAAGCUAAUGGGUUACAUUGGCUCAAGUUGGUAUAAUGAUACUGAGGAUAGAAAAUCCAUAACUGGUUAUUUGUUUAUGCUAGGUGGUGCACUAGUUGCUUGGAGCUCAAGAAAAGAACCAGUAGUAGCAUGGUCAUCGUGUGAAGCAAAGUACAUAAAUGCUUCCCUCUGUGCAUGUCAAGCAACGUGGAUGGUGAAUUUGGUCAAAUAA